UGUAUCGGACUGGACUUCAGAUUGCUGCCCAGGCAAGUACUAAUGCAUUGCAAAAUAAGCAACUACAGAAAAACACUGAGAAAUGCUUGAGAAGCAAGAGUCAUUCCACGAUCAGGAAAAAGAGAAAGAAGAAAAGAAUCGUUUUAAAAUGCCGUACGUUAGAAAAAAGUUCAUUGAGAUUCUAGAAAAGGCAAUGGAAGAGGGUGAAAAGAUGAGUCAAGAAGAGAAGCUAUUUACUUAUGACGGAGUUGUGUACCCUGUAACUCUCUGCAGCCCAGAGGUCUUCAAGGCUCUUGAGUCCUUUGAAGCACGGAGUGAUGAUAUAAUUCUAGCAGGAUACUGCAAAUCUGGAACCAACUGGGUUGGCCAGAUUGUUACUGAUUUAGUAGUCACAUCUGCAAAGAAACAUGAACCACACAAGCUGAAUGAAGAACUGUUACUAGCAGAAAUUCCUUAUAUUGAAAUUGGAGAUCCUGAAAAGUAUCAGAGGAUGAAAACCUAUCCGUCCAGGAGAGUGAUCUUUACUCACCUUCGCCCAGAUAAGCUUCCAGUAUCUGUUUUCGAGAACAAAGCCAAAAUAGUGCUGCUGAUUCGGAAUCCAAAAGAUGUUACUGCAUCUUUUUUCCAUUUUUGCAAUACCUUUGCUGCAUAUCCGCCUUAUGAUACAUUUGAUGCAUAUUUUCGAGCUCAAAUGGAAGGACAAAUGCCUUGGGGAUCCUAUAUUGACUAUCUCUGUGUGUGGAACAAAUACAUUGAUAAAGAAAAUGUCAUACCAAUAACAUACGAGGAAAUGAAAGAGAACACAGCUUUAGGGGCUGAAAAGAUAUCCAAAUUCUGUGGACUGGACCUCAGUGAGGAAGACUUCCGUGCUGUUGCUGAAAGGAGCACUUUCAAGGCCAUGAAAGAGAAUUCCAAAUUAACCCAUGGAGAAUUUGGUGAUGUGCUUUUCCGGAAAGGUGGUGUAAGUGACUGGAAGACACUUUUUAGUCAAGCAAACAACCAGGAAAUGGACACUGCUUUUGAACAGCGCCUAGCAGGAACCAAGGUGGGAUGCAAGAUAAAGUAUGACGUCUACUGCAAGGCAUAAAUGCUGAGGAAGAGAAAGAGUGGCUUGGAGUGAACCCGACUCUGUCUCCAAGGACUGCAACAGAGCUAUCUUCUUGGGAUGAAUUUGCAAUUAGCUCUACUUGGUCCCUCAGCAAAACAAGAAUUGUAUCAGAUUUUUCUGUCCAAACUUUGAGUAUGCUAAACUACGUAUCAUUAUACUAAUACUAUAAUCAAUCAUAUCCAAUAAAUGUGGAAUUAACGACUGGACCACCACAUGUUGGGGAUUACAUGGGUGGAGCUGGCUGGAGCCCAAGGUCAGACUUGAUGGCCCAGGAGGCCCCUUCUGGCUCACUGUGUUUCCACGUUUCUACUCUUUCUGUGAGCAUCGUGUGUGUUUCAUUUGAUUAGCCUUUUGUAGUGGCACAUAAUUUUAGUUCCAGUAAGCCAGCUUUCCCCAACUUGGCCAACAACUCCCAUCAUCCUAGAACGUUGGCUAUGCGGGCUGCCACUGAUGUCAGUUGUAGUCCAACGGUUGUGGAAGGUGCCACUAUGGGCAAGGCUGCAUUCAUUCUUCAUCAGGCAAACAAGCAACGGUGUCUAUACUAGAAUUUUUACAUAGCAAAUGCCAGAGAUUUUAAAAGCAAACAUGAAUAUGCAUUGCAAAUAGAUAUUUGGCAUAAAUCACAACAUGAUACUAGAAUACUCGAACCCUACCCUCAUAAUUGCAGAAAGUAGAAAUUUGAUCAAUUGCCAUAUGUUUUCAUAUGCCGGAUGGGAGGCCUGCCAACCAAACUACAUGACUACUACUAUCUUCUGCUAAUAACUGUUGCAGUAUCUAAUAUAAAUUGCCCUGCUGAUCCAAGUGAUAUGGUCUAAAGUGCACGGCCUUUUCAGUACCAAAGCAAUAAUGCUCAUUCACACAUCUCUGUGUAUUUAAUGUGCAAUUUAAUUUAAAAAUGCAGCCAUGCAGAGGUUCAACAGGGGCAUGGUGGGAGUAAUAAUUACUUUUCUGCUGCUGCUCUCCAUAUUUGGAAUGCUCUCCCCAAGGAUAUUUGCCUGGCUCCUUCUUUAUGAUCUUUUUGGCACCAGGCAAAGACCUUCCUUUUUAAAAAGCAUUUGGAUAGUUGAUGCCACCACACCUUUUUCUAUUUUUAUAUGUAUUGUAUUUUUAAUUAUUA